AGUAGUCACUACUCACUACUCCGUACUCCGCAGUCCACCCCUCUUCUUCCUCCCUUGACCAGCGAAGGCUGUGUCUUGUUAAAUCUGGAGCCUCUUAGUUCCCACCUCAUGACAUCCUUCAAUAUCAACCACUACCACCAUAAUUAGUCCUUUCCCCCCUUCUUUUUCAAAUUAAAUUCAAAUAAAUCACUACAUCAAUGUCAAUGGCUACUUCACACACCUCUCUUUCCUCAAUCACCAUCCCUUCUUCUUCCAAAUUUAGUUCUUCACUGUCUCCAUUGCUCGCGCUAGCACCUCCGCAACGCACUAAAGCGCGUCGCCUCAACGUUAGGCGCACGUGCAUCAGGGCAAUGGUUCAGCAAGCCGUUCAGGGUGCCCCUGCUGCUUACGCCAAGGAAAUGGAGCGCCUUUCAGCCAAAGAAUCGCUUCUUCUCGCUUUUAAAGAUGCAGGAGGUUUUGAGGCACUGGUCUCUGGGAAGACAACUGAUAUGCAAAGGAUUGAUGUGAAUGAAAGGAUAACUGGUCUUGAGCGGCUCAACCCGACACCCCGUCCAACCACGUCACCCUUUUUGGAAGGACGAUGGAACUUUGAGUGGUUUGGUUCCGGAAGUCCAGGGUUGUUUGCUGCACGAUUAAUAUUUGAAAAUUUUCCUUCAAGCAUAGCUAGUUUGUCAAAGAUGGAUGUGUUCAUUAAGGACGGAAAUGCUAACAUUACUGCUAACAUGAACCUGUUGAACUCGAUAGAAAGCAAAGUAAUUAUCUCAACCAAGUUAUCUGUGGAGGGGCCACUUAGAAUGAAAGAGGAGUAUGUUGAGGGGACUCUUGUGUCACCAACAAUUAUUGAAGACAGAGUUCCAGAACAGCUUAAAGGUGCACUUGGGCAGGCAGUUAAUGCUGUACAACAGCUUCCCGUUCCUAUACGCGAUGCUGUUUCCAGUGGUCUAAAAGUUCCUCUAAGUAACAGCAUUCAAAGACUCUUCAUGAUAUCUUAUCUCGAUGAGGAAAUACUUAUUAUUAGGGAUACUUCUGGAAUGCCCGAAGUUUUAACGAGGCUGGAUGCAUCACCAUCUUCUUUGGGAGAAUCAAUUCCUGAGUAUGAGAGCUAGGAAUUUCUAUGUAAAGUGAAACUUUCUGUUCCUCUUACACCCUCUUGGUUUCAAAUUACAGCUCCAAAUUCUCUCUCAUUGGUUAAUCUUUAUGGUUCUCAAAUAGAAGGUAGAAUUUCAAAAAAUACGUGUCAAUUUGGAUCUGACACGAGUUGUUGCAUAAACGUAUUCUAUACUUUGUGCUUAGAUCCUUAGAUCCAUUAUAAGAAAGUGGGUUAUCUGAUGUAGAAAUUGAAUAAUUGAAUAAUGUGCCAUUCACAUUCACACAACCUACUCUGAAAUAAAAAAUAAAAUAAAAUAAAAAUCUGAUU